GUACGCCGUCAGGAAGAGGCUUCCGCUUCCGCUGGGCGACGACCUCGCAGCGCCGUCGAGGGAGCGGGUCUGGAGAGGAGGACGAGGCGGGAAGGAGGCGGAAGGAGACUCCCAGGACGGGCCCAGCGAGACCCUCCUCCUCACAAUGGCGCUCUCCAAAAGGGAGCUGGACGAACUGAAGCCAUGGGUGGAGAAGACGGUGAAGCGGGUCCUGGGCUUCUCAGAGCCCACUGUCGUCACGGCUGCCUUGAACUGCGUGGGGAAGGGGAUGGAUAAGAAGAAAGCUGCCGAUCACCUCAAACCUUUCCUGGAUGACUCCACUUUGCGGUUUGUUGACAAACUCUUUGAAGCGGUGGAGGAAGGUCGAAGCUCCCGACACUCCAAAUCCAAUAGCGACCGGAACCGGAAGAGAGAGUUGAAAGAUGUGUUUGGUGAGGACCCCGACAUUUCGAAGGAGUCCUCGGGGGUCAAGAAGCGCCGCAUCCCUCGCUUCGAAGAAGUGGAAGAAGAGCCGGAAGUGAUCCCUGGCCCGCCGACAGAAAGCCCAGGGAUGCUGACCAAGCUGCAGAUCAAGCAAAUGAUGGAAGCUGCAACACGGCAGAUUGAAGAGAGGAAAAAACAGCUGAGCUUCAUCAGUCCGCCUCCACCACAGAGCUCUCCUCUCUCCUCUCUCCUCUCAGCUCUCGAUAUCCCUCUCAUCUCCUCCUCUCCAUCUCCCUCACAUCCUCUCCUCGCCUCUCGCUACGUUCCUUCCUCAGCUCACGAAGAAGCCAAUGCCGCCCGGAAGCUCACAGUGGAACAGAGGAAAGCGAAAAAGGUGAAAAAGCUUAAAGAAGAUAUUUCCCAGGGGGUUCAUAUAGCAGUGUAUAGAGUCCGAAACCUCAGCAACCCAGCCAAGAAAUUCAAAAUCGAAGCCAACGCUGGCCAGCUCUACUUCACCGGGGUUGUGGUAUUGCACAAAGACGUCAACGUGGUGGUGGUGGAAGGAGGCCCUAAGGCGCAGAAGAAGUUCAAACGGCUCAUGCUGCAUCGGAUCAAGUGGGACGAACAGACGUCAGCGACAAAAGGAGAUGAUGACGAGGAGUCUGACGAGGAAGCCGUAAAGAAGACAAAUAAAUGUUCUCUGGUUUGGGAGGGCACAGCCAAGGAGCGCAGCUUUGGGGAGAUGAAGUUCAAGCAGUGCCCCACCGAAAACAUGGCACGGGAGCACUUUAAGAAACACGGGGCCGAGCACUACUGGGACCUGGCGCUCAGCGAGUCGGUGCUGGAAUCCACGGACUAAAAGGGGGCCCUUGACACCGACCUUCCACCUUUUCAGCUCCUUUGCUUUCGAGCCUCGGGAACUCAGCUGAAACAUGGGACUUAGAGUUCAUCCCACCGCGUUCUUCCUCUUUCCACGCUUCCUUCUUGAGUUCCUCGUUAAAAAGAAAUAUUUUUUAAAAAGGAAUCCCAUUGGAAGUAGGGCUUUGUUGUUGGAGGAAACAGCCAACGAGAAUCAAUUGGUCAUCUCUUCUUCCUGAACCUAUUUUUGAAGAUAUGCAGAUCCUAUAUUUGCUUUUCCCCCCAUUCCUUUUUUUUCCUUUUCCAGUAGCUUUGUUGGACAGUUAAGUGCUCUGGGGCAGUUCUUGGAAUGUCAUCUUUCAAUGCAAAGAGUAGGAACUGGGGAUUUAGCCCAUAUCCUAUCAUUACACAAUAAACUUUGGGGUUGUUGUUGUUUUUUUGGGUAAAAAGAUUUUAAAAAGUAAA